AGUCAGGGAAGCCUGGCAAAAGCCUCCAAGGCCCCUCCCCCGAGGCCACAGUCCUGAUUUUGGGUGCGGUCACCAUCCUGCCCCAGAGGCAGGAGGGCCCAGUGACUCUAGUCAGGAGCCCGCCCCCUGCUGCGUGACAUUGGCCGCUGGGAGGAAGAGUUACAGCCCAGCAGCUGCCACUUCUUACACAAACAGCCCAGGAGGCGGCACCUGAGCAGGCGGCCUGCACCUGCAGGGGAAGGAGCCCAGGGCCGUGGUUUUCGUUCCUCCAGGAACUGUGGACGAACCCCCGGAGCCCGUGUAUGCGAAUAUAGAGAGGCAGCCUCGGGCCACUUCGCCGGACACUGCCGCGGCACCCCACCCCAGCCCGGUGUGGGAGACGCACACGGACGCCAGCACCGGGCGCCCCUACUACUACAACCCAGACACGGGUGUGACGACCUGGGAGUUGCCCUUCGAGGCUGCCGAGGGCUCCGCUAGCCCAGCCACCUCCCCGACCUCGGUGGGCAGCCACGAGAGCCUCGAGACCGAGUGGGGCCAGUACUGGGAUGAGGAGAGCCGCAGGGUGUUCUUCUACAACCCCCUGACCGGCGAGACCGCCUGGGAGGACGAGCCCGAGGACGACGAGCUGGAGAUGCAGCCCAGCCUGAGCCCUGGCAGCCCCCGGGACCAGAGGCCCCCCACCCCCGAGACGGACUACCCUGAGUUGCUGACCAGCUACCCGGAGGAAGACUAUUCCCCCGUGGGCUCCCUCGGUGAGCCCGGCCCCACCUCUCCCUUGACCACACCCCCCGGCUGGUCUUGUCACGUCAGCCAGGACAAGCAGACGCUUUACACCAACCACUUCACCCAAGAGCAGUGGGUAAGGCUGGAGGACCAGCACGGCAAACCAUACUUCUACAACCCAGACGACUCCUCCGUCCGGUGGGAGCUGCCCCAGGUCCCUGUCCCUGCCCCUCGAAGCAUCCGCAAAUCCAAUCAGGACAGUGACACUCCAUCCCAGGCCAGCCCCCCAGAGGAGAAGAUCAAGACCCUGGACAAGGCGGGGGUGCUGCAUCGCACCAGGACGGUGGACAAGGGAAAGCGGCUGCGGAAGAAGCACUGGAGUGCCUCGUGGACAGUGCUGGAGGGCGGUGUCCUGACCUUCUUCAAGGACUCAAAGACCUCAACUGCAGUUGGCCUGAGGCAGCCUUCCAAGUUCUCCACCCCCGAGUACACGGUGGAGCUGAAGGGGGCCUCUCUCUCCUGGGCCCCCAAAGACAAAUCCAGCAAGAAGAAUGUGCUGGAGCUACGGAGCCGCGAUGGCUCGGAGUACCUGAUCCAGCACGACUCAGAGGCCAUCAUCAGCACCUGGCACAAGGCCAUCGCCCAGGGCAUCCAGGAGCUGUCCGCAGACUUGCCCCCGGAGGAGGAAAGCGAGAGCGGCAGUGUGGACUUUGGGUCCAGUGAGCGCCUGGGAAGCUGGCAGGAGAAAGAGGAUGACACGCGGCUGAGCACAGCAGGUGCGCCCGCCCCGGGCCCCGGGGGUCUGGAGAGCGACCGGAAGAAGGUCCGGCACAAGCUCCGCAAGUUUCUGCAGAGGCGGCCCACGCUGCAGUCGCUGCGGGACAAGGGCUACAUCAAAGACCAGGUGUUCGGCUGCGCGCUGGCCGCGCUGUGCGAGCGGGAGCGGAGCCCGGUGCCGCGCUUCGUGCAGCAGUGCAUCCGCACCGUGGAGGCGCGCGGGCUGGACAUCGACGGGCUGUACCGCAUCAGUGGAAACCUGGCCACUAUCCAGAAGCUGCGCUAUAAGGUGGACCACGAUGAGCGCCUCGACCUGGACGACGGACGCUGGGAGGACGUGCACGUUAUCACCGGCGCGCUGAAGCUCUUCUUCCGGGAGCUGCCCGAGCCCCUCUUCCCCUUCUCACACUUCCGCCAGUUCAUCGCGGCCAUCAAGCUGCAGGACCAGGCCCAGCGCAGCCGCUGUGUGGGUGACCUGGUGCGCUCGCUGCCCGCCCCCAACCACGACACGCUGCGGCUGCUCUUCCAGCACCUGUGCCGGGUGAUCGAGCACGGCGAGCAGAACCGCAUGUCGGUGCAGAGCGUGGCCAUCGUGUUCGGGCCCACGCUGCUGCGGCCGGAGACUGAAGAGACCAGCAUGCCCAUGACCAUGGUGUUCCAGAACCAGGUGGUGGAGCUCAUCCUGCAGCAGUGCUCAGAUAUCUUCCCUCCGCACUGACCGCAGACCUGGGGCUGGGGGCGGCUGGAGGCCACUCAGCUGGACGUCGCGAGACCCUCCUCCUCCCACCCGUCUGCAGGCGGUUGUGACUUCCGCACCCCUCGGUUCCGAGGCUAUGGUGACCCCUGGUGGGCAGUUCGCAAAAUGUGAUUUUUCUGGGGCAUGUCCUGUUUGGGAUUAAUCGGGUUCUGCUUUCUAUCGCAGCGCCGCCUGCUGAGCGCGUGCGACAGUGUGUGGGGGUGAGUUUUCUGGGAGAGACCAUCCUGGGAGGAGGAAUUUGGUCAAGGGCUUCCUGGCUCCUUCAGACCUUCACCAAGACUGCGUGUGCCCCAGCCCUGUGCGGACCAUGAAGCAGCUAAGACAAUUUUCCCGCUGCCCAAACAGGGCUGACCCAGCCUCCAGCGUGGGCAGCUGGACCUGCCUGCCUCAGGGAUGAUGCUGGCUGUGGACCAGUUUCGCCUGCUUUCCUGUUCCAGCUCCAUGCCUCUGUCCUCCCUGACCCACUCAUGUUCUGAGCAAGGGGUCUCCAUGUUGGCUAAACAUGCACCCUGAACCUGCCACUUGACAUGCACCAUUUCCACACACCAUCCCAUUUUACAGAUGAGGAAACUGAGGCUUGCAGAGGCAAAGUGACUUAUUCAGAGUCCAGUGGAUGACGACUUCCCAGAAAAGGCUCCUCUCACACUAGAGCACAGCCAGGGGUGGCAGGGAGAUCAGUCCUUUCAGCUGCCCAUCCCCCAACCCCAGCAUGGGUCUGUGAGCAGAGCAAGGGGACUGAGCUGGGUGCAUUCUGUCUGGGCCUGGGGAGGUCUCUGAAGGCAAAGAGGGAACCUCCCCCAGCUAUUCUCUGCUGGGAGACGGGGCAAAGCACUGGCAGGAGCCCCCGCCCCUCUUAGCCCUCUAGCUGUCAAGUAUCCCGGCCUGGUGCCCACCUAACAUGAAGAGCUGGGAGAGACUUCGGGGUGGGGGGAAGGAGGACGCCACCCCAGGAUGGGAAGUGUGAUCCCUGGGGCUCGUGGCCCCUUCCCUCCUUAGACGUGAGCCACCUCAGUUUACAGAUCUCAACCACAGCCCCACCUACCUGUUCAUUUAUUCAAAAAAUGACAGCUACUAUUUAUUGGACAUUUGUACCAAGCCAAGCAUUUUACUUGGCCUAUCUCACUGUUUCUCACAGCCAAUAUUUAUUGUCUGCUCUUCUGUGCCAGGCACUGUGCCCUGGGGCGGGGACCGCACAUGCUGCCUGCCCUGGUGGAGCUUACGGUCCGGCGGGUGGGGCUGAGCCACGCCCACCCCAGUGCCAGCGGGGCCAGGGCAACAGCACACACGGAGGCCUCACACCACAUGGCUAGACAUUUGGAAGUUAUAAAUCAAGCUAACAACUGUUAAAUAAAAUAUGUUCUAUUCUCCUACUCUGACAGAUAUGCUUUGAUUGUGACGUGCAAGGCCAGGUUCUAAUUUAACCUUCUGUAACUUCUGAGUUCCCUGCUGCUCCAACGUGGGCAAGAGACGAGCUGGCCUGGCCCUCAGCUGCUCUCGUCUUCCCACCCUCACAGCCAUCUCGGCCCAAGGACAGGCUCACAUGCACACGUGUGGGCACUCUAUCCCUGUGUGCAAGCUGCCCGUGCCUCCUGCAACCC